AUGUGGUUGCUAAAAUCCACAAAACCGGAGAACCAAAGGAGCUCCAGCAGCGGUUUGGCACCAGACAAAAUGCUAAUGAAGAAAGCAGAAGUGGUGCCGAAUGAGGAACAACUGCUGAUCGCAGAAUCAUCUCGAAUUUUGGCACUUUUUGGUGUGGCACUAGCAACAGCAUCAGCGGUGACUAUUGGAUUAUUGGUACCAAUGCUUUAUGGAUAUGCGCAACAGAAAUAUUCAUUGCUACAACCGGAAAUUGACUAUUGCUUAUACCAGUCCCGAUUACUGUGGGAUCAACUGGAUGAGGUUAGCUAG